AAAAAGAAUAUGAUGAUGCCCGCCAGCGACUGGCAGAGAUCGAGAAGGCUUACGAUGCGUCUGUUCAGCAUAGGCUUAUGGUCUCGGCCUUGCCAAGCACGCAGACUUUGGUAAGCGAUAUCUGCACGUCUCGACUAGCUCACACUAACACUGCAGCUCAACUUCAUACUCGGCGGGAAUCCGACUGUCUCGCAUUGCUCGUCGCCCAAGCCACUUUCUCCAACACAGCCUUGUUCAGGUAUUACCAUGGAAGUGUAUCACGCUGAUGACCUGGCUCCAGUUGCCGAGGCACAGAGUCCGUAUUGUCCAGCGCGACCUGUCUUCGUUCCCAUUUCUUCUGCGAAGAGACGGGUUGAAGAUACGCCUAACAAGUCAGGCAAACGACUUCGCCGUGCAGCCUCGGCUAUGGCAUUGGCCGAGGAGACAGUCGGUAACGAGCUUUACGACGACGGAAACGCGAAAUGCGAUAGCAGGAUCGUUCAGGACCACAAAGGAUGGUUCAUAUUCAAGUGCGAAGAACACAAUCUAGAAAUUCCGUAUAGAGCGGCCUCAGUGGCUAGUUCUCAUUUGGAGAUCCACGCCCACGACGGGCCCUCGGCUGCUCUUUCGCCCAUCACCCAGGCCUUGGGCGUUGUACCCACAGAAUAUGACGAAGCAAAUGCCGAGCUGGACGACGUGGAGAGGGCACCGACUACUGGGUAUGAGGCGUUGAACUCCACUACGAAACACGACGCACUCGGAAGCAUGCAAGCUGUAGGUGACUGCGACACGAGUGAGACAAUUGGAAACGCUUGUCCAAAUGACUCCAGCUCUCCCACAGGCGUUCGCCACGCGUCCGUCACGGCAUCGGACACCACCUCUUAGCUCGACGAUGCCGCAGAACCUCAGCGGGGCACGCGGUGUUGUCGGUGCCCUCGGAAGCGACGCUUGCGGAUAUGAAGGAGGGCAAAUAGCAAUGCGAAGGUUCUGCCGAAGACCCUUGGCGAAAAGGGGCAUGGGAUGCAAUCAUCGGGUAUCUCGAAAGUCGGCAAGCACAAUACUAUAAUGGACGUACUCUGCGA